CAAACUGACAGCAUCGAGUUUCAAGUAGUUCGCGCUAGCCCGGGUAUUGGUGCUACCGCUCGCUGGUUGAAUUCGUUCCUGGGUCUGCAUGUGUAUGCGUGUUAUUCGACGUGACAUUCACCGCCAUAUACACACAGCCCGCCUACCGCCUCCUCCUCUGCUACUCUGCUGUCUGCUCGCUCGCUCCGCUCUACUGUGACUGGUGUAGUAAAACCUCAAAACUUGUUCGACGAAUGCGAAAAAAGAGGUUGAUUUCCGUUCGGACGCUGCUCGAAGCUGCCUUUCCAUACACAGUUUUGCGUUUCUUCUGUAGUUUUUUUCGGUGAUUUCUGUCCGUAAGAAGUGGUUUUUUCUCCGGAUUAAGUCCGCGUUCUCUGUGUAGUAGCCUAGGCAGCGGUCGUUGCGUGCGUUGUUCCUCCGUGGAUAAUUUCCGGUCCGUUCCGUGUGUGCUGUGCCGAGUCGACGACGUUGUUCUCCGUCGUGAAAGUGCUUCGUUCAACAAAAGUAAAAGAAGCGAAUUGUUCGGUGUGUGGUGCUGCUGCAGCAGAUUGCUGCACUACUGUUUGUCUGUCCCUCGAAGAAGAGCUCUUUCUGUAAUAAUCAUAAUACAAGCUGAGUGCAGUGUGUCGAGUGCGCGAGAUUGUGUCGUUGGUUGGCUCCGUGAAGCGCAGCAUACCGAAGUCCAAAUCCAAGCAACCAAGUGUGAAGAAUCGACAAAGAGCGACCCCUUAUUCGGCAGCGAGUGUGUGUUGAAUCUGCGAAGCGAAUCCCCGACAUCUUUGCGCGGAAUUUUCCAUUAUCCUCACCCGAGACACCACGGAUUGGCCGUCAGCGCCACACAGAGACCGGUUCCGGUUCGGAGUAGCCCCGAAACGACGACUCGGAUACUAAGCUAAGCGGGCGCCAAUAGGCGAAUGAAUGAUAUAGAGAUGACGUCGGUCACAACCAGUACCCACUUCUUCCAGAAUGGAAACUCGGCCCAGUUCGAGUACAUGCUGAACCUAUACCCGGAGGUGCUGAAGGUGAAGGCGGAGAACCGUGGCCUCGGCAAGAAGGCGGACCGGCUGAUGCGCCUGGACGAGUGGUACCAGAACACGCUGCCGAAGUUGAUCCAGAAGCGCGGCCCCAAGGAUGCCCACCUGUUGCACGAGGAGCUGUGCCAGACGAUGGAGUGGAAGCAGAACCGGGGGAAGUCCUAUCCCCAGCUGUCCUAUCUGAUCAAGAUCAACACCCCGCGGGCCGUGAUGAUGGAAACGAAGAAGGCCUUCCGCAAGCUGCCCAAUCUGGAGCAAGCGCUGAAUGCGCUGUCCAAUCUGAAGGGCGUCGGGACAACGAUGGCGUCGGCUCUGUUGGCAGCGGCCUGUCCGCAGACGGCCCCCUUCAUGGCGGACGAGUGCCUCAUGGCGAUUCCGGAGUUCGAGAGCAUCGACUACACGGCCAAGGAGUAUCUCAAGUUUGUGACGUACAUUCAGCAGACCAUGGACCGGUUGAACAAGGAAGCUCACGGUGCGGAGAUGGAAAACAACGGCGAGAAUGGAGACGACGAACCGAAGCCGAAAAAGUGGACCGCCCACAAGGUGGAGCUGGCCCUGUGGGCACACUCUGUCGCUUCGGAUUUGCAGCCGGAUUUGCUGAAAGGAAUGCCGGAGAACAACGGAAUCGCGGCUGGCUCGGCUGUAACCGUUUCGGUGGCCAACGGAAGUGCAGCGUCGGAGGUGUCCUCCGAUGUGGACAAUGAGGACGACAGCUCUCAGAAUGGUGUCCCCCCGUCGGACGAGAGCAACCUGGACAGCGAGAGUGCCUCCAAGGAUGCCGUCCUCAGCAACGGUAUCAUGAAUGCGGACAGCUUAGACGGAUCGGAGAACGGAGUGGAGACGAUGGCUUUGGCAGAGACACCAGCAACAACAACAAAAGCAGAGGCAGGAGCUGCAGCAGCAACGGAAACCGCCGCGGAGGUCCCUGCCGACAGCCUAGAUGAUUGCACCAAAUCGGGCGAUAGCCUGGACGAGGCACCGGCCGUGGAGGCAACGGCAGCCGCCGUGGCCACCCUGUGCACCGCCGACGGCGAGGACUCUCAGAGCAGCAACAGCCAGAAACGUCCGCUCUACUGCGACGAAAACUCCGAGGAACAACCGGAGCUCAGCGCUCCCAAGCUGAUAAAGCUGUAGAUCUCCCCCCGGGGGUUGGGCGCACGAGCGAGCGAAAGAGCGAGAAAGAGUAUGACCGAGCGAUUGAUGAUGAGCGUGAGUUUUGACGACGACGACGACGACGACGAAGCAGUGGUAGUAACGGUUAUUCCCAACAAACACGCUGGUAAGGUUUUCUUUUGGAAAUUAUUCCCCACCCCCCCCCCAUUCUUGGAACUCUUGGAAUCGCCGGCCGGCGAUCUACUUGCUCUAAUCUAAUUCUUAAUUAUAUAUUGUAUUUUAUUCGUAAUUAUUUUAUUUACAAACCAGCAUUAUCGGAUUAGCAAUAGUUCGUAGAAGCAGUUAAGCAACAGCAGCAGCAGCACUAUCCACAUUUUUUUUUCAUUUUAAAGAAUUGAUCCGCCAGGGAAGUUAUCGCGCUCCUUACGAGAGAAACGAUGCGUUUUGGUAGGCCUUAGGUGAAAAAAAAGCAGGAACAUUUCCUCCGGAAAAAGCAAACAAAUAAUCAUACAGCAACAGCAACAAAUGCGUGUUCAUUGGUCUCAUUUUCCCCCAUUGUUUACUGACACUGUGGAUCGAUUUGCGGUGCGGGUGGGUGGCGGCGUCCCAUUUUUCGAUUUAUGAUUCUCCGUGGGAAAAAAACGGUUUCGAGUGGAGUGGUUUCGCUUUAAUGUUUAUGUCCUUGCAGGCGUUAAUUGAGUGAGGUGUUCUACUUUUUCCAAAAAUAGGAUGGACGGCGGGGUGUGUUCGAAAAUUACGCGACUGUCGAUUUUGUCGGCGGUGGACGAGAUUUCAAAAAAAAAGUUCUCUCUUGUGGUUAAAUAUUUUUUUUAUUUUUUAUAAAAUCUUUGAUUUAAACAGGCCCGAUGUUUCUGAAUCAUCUUGCCCCUUAAAUGCUACACAGUAGGCUUGGCCGUUAUGAUAUAUUUUGCGCAUCUCAGUUGUGCAACAUGUACCAAAUAUACAAGAAAAUGAUGGAGGUAUAUCUAUCCAGGAUCUAAAUAAACUGGAGUUUGUGACAUUGCAACUGUUCAUCUACAAUUUGAAUUAAUUAUUUGCAAAAUGUAACAGACCAUUUGUGCAGAAUGUUUUCCCUGCAUCAAUUCGCAUUUUUCGAACGACCUCGCCCUUAAUCAAAAAUCCAAUUUCCAUCCUACCAUAGUACCAUGUUUCAUAAUUCGAUUGAAUCCAUCGCUGCAUCAAUAUUGGAUGUGCAGAGCAGUGAAACACGUCCCUUGGAAUUCCUAAGCCCAAGUAAAAAAAAUGCUCUCUUUCAACCGACGGCAGCCACGGUUACGACAGGAAAAAAUGAAUGUCAUCUCAUCGCAACAACAACAGCGACCUGGAAUGAAUGCAAAAUCCUGUUUUCACUCACCAUUUUCGCCUAUGAAAAAAAGUUCCCCACCCCAUUUUGCCCCAUUUACGGGACGUGUACGUGGCGGAUGACUUCGAAACUUGUUAACCUCACUUUUCUCGAAUGAAAACAAACCACCAGGGAACUGUCAAAAGCACACACCACCACCGCCUAACAAACUCGAUCCCCAAACAACACUGCAAGCAAACAAAAAUGUCAAGUUCAACCGAAAGAAAGUGACUUAUUAGAAACUAAGGCGUAAGAAGACAUUCGUUACAUCAAAACAAAAAUAACAACCACCCUCCCCCGAGUAAUAUUCUGAUGAAAAAAAAAACGUAUCAAACAAAGGGAGAAGGAACGAUUGCGAGCGACACCAUUUUCUCGGCCCGCUUGGAUUUGACAGCCGAGAUUUCCACCAUUUUAAAAUCAUUACAAACAAGUAAACAAACAAACAUAUAGACGCUAGGAUUUUUUUUUCUUCAGUUCUUUUUGACUCUUAUAGGAAGUAAGCAAAUCAAACAAACACAAACGGUAAACGUUAAAACCGUGGAUUCUUUUGUUCUCACAAUGUGAGAACGGCAGCGAAUGUGAGCGCAAAAGAGAGAGGGAGAAUGCGCCGAAGUUGAAGUGAAAUUUAAACAUGCCCCAAACACUACAUAGGAAUGGAUAUAUAUUUUUGAUAGACUCUAUUUAUACUUAAUGACAAUGGCGACAGCAGAAAGGUAAACAAAUCAAUUCCCAUUUCUUUUUCGCGGAGCGCAAAACACACAAAAGAAAAAAAACAAUGGCGGAGCGCGGGUGCGCUCCGCAGCUGAAAUAUGUAUACAAAUUAUUUAGGAUGUUAACAACAAAUACACUCUUACAUACAACUGCGGACGAUGCUGAUUGGUGAAGUGGGGAAUGUGGACUCUAUUGCCUACCCUUCACUUUGGUUGCGUGCGCCAUCGUUUGACAGUUCGACUGUUCGACAGUUGGACAGUCGACAGUGGCGACGAGAGGACCACCGUUGAGGUUAGGUUGUUCGUUCAUUUCUCCGAUCGUUCGAUCUCCGAUCGAAAAGUAAAGUAUAAUAAAGUAAAUUUACACGGAAUAAAAUACAAUUCAUUUACUGAUCGUAUAAAUAUUUAAUCUGAGAAGUGGUUAAAAGUCAGCAGGCAUAAAUAUAAAAACAAACAGAAAAUCAUCAAGUUAGGAAUCAUCGCUGCUGCACAUAAACCCCCCCGUUAAGGACAUUCUUUAUCCAUGAAAAUGAAAAUAAUUAAACAUAAAAAAUAUACAAACAACAUCCACACACACACACAACAAACCUUUAGUUCUAACGAGUCUUAGUGGUAUAUUGCAUAACAUUAAUAAUAAAAAUACAACCAUCCCAAAAAAAUAGGACAAAAA